UCUGAUGACGCCAGCAAUCCGGAUCGUCUAUAUGAACUGAUGGCUGUUGUUGUACAUUCCGGUUCAGGUCUGAAUCGGGGCCACUAUAUCAGCCUCGUUAAGUCUGACGGCAUCUGGCUCCUUUUUGACGACGAGUUUGUCGAUAAAAUUGAUCCCUCUACGAUUCGCGACUUUUUCGGAACAACUUCUGAAGCCUCAAAAACCUCCGACUCAGCCUACAUUCUCUUUUACCAAGCCUGCGAUGCUGCCACGACAGCGUCUUGUUCAGAAACGGAACUUUCGGCAACUCCUAGGUGA